AUGUCAACCCACUCAGCUCCAGCUACUGGUCGACCGCCCGAUGCACCAUCGUUUCUAGUCUUAUCUCGACGUCCUGGACAGCAAGUCUCCGAAGGGUUUGGCCGGAAGUUAAAUCUAAGCGCGCGUUUGAGGGCCGUCCUUCCAAGCCGCCGGGCUGAGAAGGAAGAACGAACACUGGAAGAACGUCGAUUGAUUCACCGGGAGCGCAGAACUCUGAAAGAGAGUGGAGAUUACCUUGGCGUCACAGGAAUCAAUCCAGUCACAGGAGAACUAGACGUUGAGACACCGUCUACAACCAGCUUCAGCUCUGCUUCCUUGACUCUCGACCAAAAGCUGGAAGCUAGACACAAGUCGGAAUCUCGACGUACGCGCCGCGGGGCUGAACUCCUCACAGAAGAGGUGACCAAAAAGCUCCAGCAACGAGAAGAGCAAAGAUUUGCCCGGAAAGAUCGGGAAAAGGAGGCCAUACGACAAGCACAGCGCAAGGUUCAGUGGCAACGCCAUAGACAGCAGUGGUCUUCUGCCAAAGAUCCCAUACUUAGCCCGAUUGCGCAGUCAACCAAGAGCAUAUCGACUCGCGGUAAGCUAGCUUGUUCCGAAGCGAGAGACGCCCGGAAUCUGUCCGAGCAAACAAACGCUCAUCAUUUGGGGAUGCGCCAUACUGAUCCCAAAUCUCAUUUGCCCAAACAUAUCAUCUCGGAAGAAAACGAUGCUAAUUCAUCUGACACUGUAAUACGAACCCCCCAAAGCAGACGGUCAUCCUGGGCAUCCACCACGGCUCAGGAAUUCGGAAGAAACGGCCGCACCUUGGGCGGAGAUCGAGAGCCUACGCAGUUGCCGCUCCCGUUUGGAAACUUGAACUCUCCUCAAAGCAUCAGGGAAAAAAGCCGACCUGGUCACUUCGGGCUCCCAGCACCACAAACAACACUAAACCACUGGGAGGCAAGACAACUGAUCCCACUGUUCCGAGAUACGGAAGCUCUGAACGGCGAGGAGGAAUUGGCAGUAGCGCCACUAGUAGUGGCUUGCCAUUCAUUGAUCCAAACUCACGAACUCAACGACCAGCAGGCAGCCAAGACUCGUGGCCCACCAAUCACAGCGAACAUGUCCCCAUUCGAGUCAUUGUUGACAUCCCAGAUCGAUCUGGAAAGCCCGCCGCUUCAAGAGAACCCGUUGGCCCGAGAGCAUAUCCAGGCGCUGGAGGACAACCUUUGCAAGGUGACCCAAGAGUCGUUAAUCCUGAAAAGUCUCACCUUCGAGGACCGAGCAACACCUUCAAGAAGGUUGGAGGUUCACGAGGACUUGAUAUGCCAGUGGGAAGUGGGGAAGACGGAGGCUCUAAAGACAAAAGCUGCCACCACACCCAUCACCACCAUUAUUGGCUGCGGCCAAGGUCUUUCACAAUCGAGCCUAUGCCAAAAACAACUCGAGAGAAGAGUCAGCGAAGGCUGGAGCAUGUUGCAGAAUCGACGCGUGAGUCGACAAUGCGACGAACAGAUGUCAACGUCAACAGAAGAUAUAUCGACCGAAAAAGUGCGGCAUCUAAGGACCGUCAAAAUAAGGACCCAGGUUCUGACACCAAAAGCAAGCCAAGCGCUGACCCUCCAGCAUCAAAACGAUGCGAUCCACAAGGAGGUCGAGAAAUACUCUGCGAGAAAUUUGGCAGACAGCGACAAGCAGGAGAGCCAAGCCGAGGACCCUGUCACAUCACACAUGUCCACGUCUACAUCACCCCUAACCGUGUUGGAGCAAGCCACUCAGCAGGGCCAAAGCAAGAUCGCAUCGAUGGGGGCGGCGCGGGCCGCAUUGGCCAAUUCGGGCAAAAGGACGGCGGAAACUCGGAAACAGAGCCUCUCGGCCAGCGGAACGCCCAGAAUGCUGCCUAUCAGCCUCAGGAAGCCUCCUCCCGACUCUGUUCCGAGUAGGAGAUUGCGGAACAAGUUCAAGAUGAUGAGGUUCUCGAACAAGAGCCCGUCAAAGUCAGCAAACACCGUAGCGGACGGUAUAGAGGCGAUUAGCAGCCGCAAGAGUUCGAAGACGUUUUGCGCCAUGAAUGGGAGACACGACAAUCUGCAGGAUACACCAACGGAGAGCAAGCAGUUGUCAGCAGCCAGUCAAGCCAGGUUGAAAGCUGGCUGCAGCACGUCAACGACCCUGGUGAACAGCGACUCCGAAGGCGGCGACACCGGAGGUCGUUUGAGAAGAGACGUGUUGAGUAAGCGUGUGCUAAAGAGCGCCACCGACGGCAAGCAGAUUGCGGGGAGCGUAGCUCGAUGGUAUUGGAAAGCAAUAUCACCUUGCUUUGAUCCGACAUCGCCAGCCAGAAAGCGACUUGAUGUCAACAAGUCAACUUGGACGGACGUUGGGACAUUUCUCGUUGCGCUGAGCAGCGGAUUCGUGUUAUUGGCGAUAGCGGUCCGGAUCGCGCAGGGGAUUGCGUGGGUGAUGCAGAUGGUGCAAGGCUUGCUGGGGGGUUUGAUUGCGAUUCUCGGUUCCUGACAGCCGGUGGUGACGAAAAAGGGAGGUUAUGGAGGAAAGCUUGGCGUUGGAG